CGCAAUUGUUCGCGCAGUGGUGCGGUCGAUGUUGCUCGGAAACGGUGCUGGAUUGGCUCUGGAUUAGCUGGUUAGCUAAUUUAGCUAUCAGGCAUCAGAUGAACUGGGAUUAAGAGCGAGCGUCGCAGAUUUAUCUCACUGAGAAAGCAAAACAAGUUCAGGGGUCCAUGGAGGAGUCAGGGACUAUUGAAGUAACAGUAAAAACUCUGGACUCACAGAGCAGGAGCUACACUGUCCGCGGAGAGUGGACAGUAAAAGAGUUUAAGGAGCAUAUUGCUUCCUCAGUUGAGAUUCCUGUGGAUAAGCAAAGGCUGAUAUAUCAGGGCAGGGUGCUGCAGGAUGAGAGGACACUGACAGAAUAUAAUGUUGAUGGUAAGGUUAUUCAUCUUGUUGAGCGGGCCCCUCCUCAGACUCCUCAGUCUGGUGGUGGAGGAGGUGCAGUUCCUGGUUCAUCAGGUGCAGCUGAGGGAGGCUCCAGCUCUUCUCACUCAUCAACUUCCACCUCUCAGGGAGCUCCACACGACCGAAAUGGCAACAGCUAUGUCAUGCUGGGCACCUUUAACCUUCCUGUCAACAUUAUGGACCCCCAACAGAUACAGAUGUCUGUGCAGCAGAUGAUGGCUGGUGUUGGGGAGGCUGGUCGAAAUGCAAGAGUCAGCACCAGUACAGGGUUACAGAGUAAUGGGUCCGUGGACGUGCAUAUCAACUUGGACCAGUCAGUACAGAGUGAACCAAGGAUAAGGCUUCAGCUGGCAGAAAACUUGUUACGAGAGACUCAGACUUUGAUUCACCGACUAGAGGGACCAGGUGAAGCAUCUGCCCAGCAAGGUGCUGCAGCACCACAGCCAUCCUCCACUUCCUCUUCUUCCUCUCCUUCAGCACAACCAAUGGAAACGUCUCCACCUCCAGCCCCUGCAUCUUCAUCUGCCUCCACACAAACAGAAGGGCCUCCUCACUCUGGACCCAACCAUCCAAGCCCAUUGGAGCUGGUGGAGGUCCUCUCGGAGGUGCGGAGGGUGGAGGAAAGACUCCGCCCCUUUAUGGAGAGAACCCACUCUAUCCUGGGAGCAGCUAGUUUAGCUGAUUACAAUAAUAAUACACAAGAGCGUGAGGAAGACCAGCGCACUCUCAAUUUGGUUGGAGAAUCCCUCCGUCUCCUAGGCAACACCUUGGUUGCUUUGAGUGAUCUGCGGUGCAAUUUAGCUGCUCAGCCUCCUCGCCACCUACAUGUGGUCCGACCUAUGUCUCACUAUACAUCUCCUCUUCUGCUGCAGAGUGGAUUACCCCAUAUACCAAUUCCAAUGAACAUUGGCACCACCGUUACAAUGACCUCGAAUGGCAGACAGGCAGGUGAAGGUCAGCCUCCAGCAUCUCAGCCAUCUGGCCAGGCUGAAGAGCAAGGCCGGGCACAGGCUCCACCCUCUCCCCCCAAUGGAGCCAAUCAGCAGCCUGGUCAGGGGACUCCUCGUGUGAUCAGGAUCACUCACCAGACUAUGGAGCCUGUGGUCAUGAUGCAGAUGAAUCUGGAUGAUUCAGGCAAUGGAGCUCAGGCCCCAGGCCAACAGAAUCCCAACGCUGCUGGACAGACUGGAACCACUCCCCCCUUACACAUACCAGGCCUGCCUCCUGAGUUCAUGCAGGCCAUUGUGCAUCAGAUUUCUCAGCAGGCUGCUGCAAUGGCUACUGCGGCCUCAGCUGGCCACCACGGACAACAGACCAGUGCUACUGGUCCAGCUGCCCAGAAUGGAGAAGCCCCAGCUGCUGCUGCUUCUGCUGCUGCUCCUCCGCCUCCCCCUCCACCCCAAGCCAGGGUAGUCAUCACUCGUCCCUCUUUCUCCCCACGCAUUCCCCAGCCUACGGGCACCAGAGGGACAACAAUCAACCUGCGGGCGACGGUGCCCCCCACAGCCGGCCAACAACCUGGACAGGGUAAUCCUAUGGCUCCCUCUCCUCUUACUCAGAUGGUCAGUGGUCUGGUUGGACAGCUGCUAAUGCCGAUGCACACAGCCAACACCUCUGGCCAGACGUCUACUCACACCACCAGCACAGCUUCAAUAGGUCAGUCUCAGGAAGGAGGCGCAGAGGGCAGUCUAGGCCAGUUCCUUGACUCUCUGUUGGGUGGUGCCACUGGAGUGGGAGGUGGAAAUGUCUCGGGAGGUCCUCCUUCAAUCACAGUGACUGUUCCUGGUGUUCCUACAUUCAUCCAGGGCUUGACUGACUUCAUCCAGACCAAUCAGCCAGUGUUCCCUACCCCAAACCCGCAACCUCCACCAGCCGCUUCUGCCCCAUCUGGUCCCACACCAGCACCCCCCAACCCUCCCCAGCCCCCCAGUGCAGGAGGAGAAACUCUGAGCCCGGAGCUGUUCACAGGUAUUGUUCAAGGUGUGCUGUCCACCAUGAUGGGCUCACUGGGGGCCGGCCAGGGCAACAGUGAGAGCAUCGCCCAGUUCAUCCAGAGACUGUCCCAGACCAGCAACCUCUUCACACCUGGGUCUGGAGAUGCAGUGGGGUUCUUUGGAGAUCUGUUGUCUCUGGUCUGUCAGAGUUUCUCCAUGGUGGACAUGGUGUUGUUGCUGCAUGGAAAUCCUCAGCCUCUGAGUCGUAUCCAACCUGAACUUACCGCCUUUUUCACUGAGCACUAUCUCCAGGGCAGAGAGUCCACUGAUGCCAACAUUGCUACUGCUGCUGAAGAUCUUAUCAAUGGACUGGAGGAGUAUAUCGCAGAGAGCUUUUCUACAGUUACUGUUCGGGAAGGAGUAGACAUCAUCCAGACUAACAUGUCCUUCCUCAGACAGCAGUUCACACAGAUGGCCACGCACAUAUUCCGCUGUACAGAUCACACCUUUGGUUCUCGCCUGCUGUUUCUGUGCACUCAGGGUCUGUUUGAAUGUCUGGCUCUUAAUCUGUACUGUUUAAGAGGAGAGCAGAGGGCUCUUACUGCAGUCAUCAAUCACCGCAUUAGAAGAAUGUCUGCAGAAGUGAAUCCCAGUCUAGUGAACUGGCUAACCAGUAUGAUGUCCAUGAGACUCCAUGUAAUCCUGGACCAUAACCCAGUUACAGAAAACCAGAUCCAGCAUUAUGUCAUCUACACACAGCCUGACUCUGCUGUGAGAGUGGAGUCAGAUACUCAAGCGGUCCAGCAGACUGAGAGCCAGAGUGUGGAGAUGGAAGAGGGCCUGUCUCCAGCUCCUGCCACCACUGCGGAGGAAGCCAUGGCCUCUUCAGGAGACAGUGCCGAUAGCAGAGAGCCAGCUGCAGAUCUCGCCCCUCCUUGCAGGCCUUCAUCAGGGGAGGCGCGAGGGACUGCUGGAAUGGCAGCUGCUGGGAGAGAGGAGUCUGGUGCAGAGGCAGAGCCAUGGGCAGCAUCUAUGCCACCUGAGUGGGUUCCUAUCAUAAGGCAUGACAUGAUGUCUCAGAGGAAAAUCAAGGCUCAGCCUCCACUCUCUGAUGCUUACCUUCAAGGAAUGCCAGCCAAAAGGAGAAAGACUGCUCAAGGUGAGGGCCCACACCUUUCUCUCUCUGAGGCUGUGAGUCGUGCUGCCAGAACAGUAGGAGUGCGACCUGUCACUAACCCAGACAGCCUGCAAGGAGAGCUGGAGACGCCAGAGCUGCAGGAGGCCUAUACACAACAGGUCAAGGAUGACUUGAAGAAAAGGGUUACUGAAGAUCCAGACUACAACUCUCAGCGGUUCCCCAACACACACAAGGCUUUCUCAGAGAACUCAUAACAUCUAAAUUGAAUUUUGCACAUCAUUAUACAUUCAAAUGUAUUAGUGACUCUACAUGUAGUGAGUGAGAAACUCGGACAGACAUCAUCACACAAUCAAUAGAGGAGCUGGAUUCUUCUGUGAAGGGGAUUCAUCAUUGUACUCUUCAUUUGGUGUGCAAUAGCCAUUGAUGCCCAUUUGUUGUGAACAGUAUCUUAGCUCUUCAGAUCAGUACACCACAUCUUUGGGACCAGAUGUCUCACAUCAACUUUCAGUCUUUAUGAACUUAUGUAUAUCUCUAAGGCUUCCUUUGUAAUGUCUGUUGUAAAUUAGUUGUAUAUUGUUGUAAUGAUUUGUUUUUAAUAGUGGCAAUAAUAGCAAGUACUAUACACGGUUACUAUCAUGCAUACUUGAAAUAUAAAUGUGCUUGAUCCAUUCUGGAUUAAACAGUAGUUACCACAGGUGGUCCAAACACGUGUUUUGCUCAGAAGGAUAGAUUAAACUGAAGGACACUGUAAAUUGUAGCUGUAGCUAUGAUUUAUCUGUAGCUGCCCUGUGUAACUAGCUUCAUUGUUCCAUGUGCUUCACUCUGUCAGGCUCUGCAACUGCCGCUUUCCUUGUUUUUCUAAUUUAAAAAAUAUGAAGGUGUCUGUUGCUUGUGAAUGCGACUGUUCUGCAAUAAAAUCAUAGUUUCAGAAGUCUUAA